CCCCUCAGAUAAAAAUGGUCCUGGCCAACUUUAUAUUCGAAACAUUUUGCUUAGCUAAGUCGCCUGUUUUAAUGGAUAUUUGAUCGCUUUUGCCCACUCCAUCUGUCAGUGGCGAUAAGUGCCCGUAGUUGGGAAGUACGCGACAAUGCAAGUGGAAGGACUAUACAGCGACGUGCCCCUGACUGGGUUGGCAGCUGCAUCUCUUGAGUUUGCCGUUCGUAUCUGUAGGAGUGUCCCAAAAAGAGCUAUAUAAUCUCUGAAGACGUCACGUGAAGCGAGAGGUAUGUGAAAAUUGUUUAUGUGACUGACAACGAGAAGAAGUUUGGGGACGACAUGAAAAAUUCACCUGUAGAAGCAAACUGAGUGUUCACUCACAAUGUGGCCGUUAGAGAUUUAGCUCUUCAACAGUUUUGAUCACGGUGCCGGUUCUCUAGUUCAUGAGACUGCUAAGUGAAAUACUUUAUCCAUUUAACAUCAGAAGAGACAGAAGAACUUCCCCAUGCAUGAAAACUUACAAUCUAAACUGAGUAAAAAUUGGGAUAAAAAACAAAGUGCGCUUCAUUGACAGCCCUAAUAACUACUCGUCUGAAUAAUAACGAGGAACCAAACACACAUAUCAAAGCGCGCCAAAUUGCUCCGAUAACAAUUAACUGCCUCUAAUUAUAACUUACGAUUAAUACGUUGUUUACAUGAACUUUGAACUAUGCUACCUUCACGAACCGUCGACGCGUUGCAGAACACAAAGGAUUUGGACGCAGAUUUGUAACUCGUAUCGAUCACACAGAUCGUCCUUAUCCUUUUCUUGUACGCAGAAGCAAAUUAGCUUCGUUUUAAUUUUGACAAGAGAUUUUUUAUAAAAGAACUGUGCUUGUCACUAAUGAUUAUAAUGAUUUAAUUUGGACGAAGAAUACGGGAUUCAAAGAAUGACCCCUUAACUCCUGUGAGUGACCGAGACAGAAAUUCUCUCUACGAUAUCGAUACAAUAUCAAACAGACAAUUGAUAAGAAUGAUAAGUAAAGUUGGGAGAUCAUUAGUUGAUCCAGGACCAAAUUGUCUAAACUAAUUCCAUAAAAAUUGUGGUACACAUUAAGGAAAAUAUACUAAUGAGAUGCUAUGUGUAAAAGGAUAUCGUUGAUACUGUUAAUAAUACUGACUGAUCUUUGACACUUGAUAAUGAUUGCUGGAAACGUCAAAUUAAACCGAUUUUAUUAAAAAGUUGAUAAAGUUGAUAAAAAAAAAUAUAUCGAUCAAAGUAACUGUAUUAUAGCGGUAGACAAUGCCUGUCUCUUUAAAAUUAUCAACUCCCAACGUGUUAAGGAAAUACGCAUUUAGCGUACGUCUAAGAGAAAACAUUUUCGUGUUUUUCGCCUCGCGAUAGUCCGACCAAUUUAGAUCAAUUAUUAAAACUCCGCAUUCCGAAGGACGCUUUCAUCUUCAAGGAAUCAAUUUAGAACAAAACACGUAACUCGCGGUUUAUUCCUGAAGGACUGCUCUCAGGUGUUUCAAAGAGAAAAAAGAUCGCAAAUUUCUUGUAUUGAGCAAGCGGGAAAGAAUUCAGUGAACUUAUGCUUUUAACCCACUCUAAAUGACUAAUCAACGAUUGGGCACAGUUGAGUAAAUAUGGCACGAUAUUCUACGACGAGAGUGACUAAUAAUUCUCUUAUUAUUUUAUCUCCAAAUGCGAUCCUUAGUUUCCUUAAAAAAAGAACCGUUGAGAGGUAAGCGCGUUACUCAAAAGUAGUACAAUAAGAGCUGAAGACAGUUUGUUUAAUUUCCACUCCAGUAACUUGUACAGUCGAUGUACCGUAGUGUGUACAAACAGCCGCAGUAAAAAGUUGCUAUUUUUUUCUUUAUUGUCAUGUUGUUGUUUUUUUGUUUGUUUGUAUGUUUGUUUGUUUUUUUAUUUGGUUAUUUUUGCACCAUUUCUUGUCGAUUCGUACCGUAAUUACUGGCAGAGCGUAGAGGCAAUUAAGAAUGCACAGUAAAGUUUCUAAUAUUUUUAGAUUACCCUAAUUGAAUUAAACAGCUUUCACAUCUAUCACAUACGAGUAACUUUAGUAAGAGAAGCUAGAUUUGUGAUGAAACGGAUAACUCUUGAGUCCAAAAUUUCUCAUGCAUAUCAUCAAAUCAGGCAUUGUGGUCGAAUGACCGAAAGCAACUAGAGUAGUCUUAAAGCUGAAAAGAAACAACAACAACAACUACAACAUCAACCAGGUUAGGUGAAACGUCAGGUGGGUGAUCAAAGACAGCCAUUUAAGGGUGGCAUGGCCUUGGACGAUGUGCGAUGUUCGAAUGAAGUCGACAAAUCUUUGCCCGCGAAAGAAAGGGAGAAAGAGAUUUUACGGAGGAUGUCAAGCCAUGAGAAUCGAUUAGAUCACGGUGUCAGUUAAGAGAGAUCAGCCGAUCGAUAAAAAAAAAAAAAUAGUCCUCAUGAUGCAAAGAAUAGGAAAGGAAAAUUUCAUGGCUGUCAAAUAUUGUUUACAGGUGUAGAACUUUUUGCGACGACUGGCGCUGUCAUUUUCCCCUUUCCUGCCCUUUUUUGUUCUUGUGCAUCUACGUGCAAGCGGGCGUCACUGUGUUACGUGAAUGCGGAAAAAAAUGACAACACGUUGGUAAAUUAGGCAGGCUAUUACACGUUUCUGUUUGAAAUUCGCACGCAAACUAUCGGUUUAAACUGACCAAGUUAUCACUUAUUGGUUGAUUUCGACAAUUAAAUUGCUUAACGCCCCUAAGAAACGAUAUUGGCUCAAAGCUCAUUUUUUCCUUGUUGCUGCGUGAUAAAUACGGAGACAUAAGCGGGUUAUCGACGUCAUUUACUUCAUUUUUUUGGGUGACAUCAGUUUGUUUAGUGGUUGUUUGGUCAUCGUACUUAUCCAGAUAGCAGUACCUUCAUGAUGAAGUUUUGGUUAGACGCUGUUGUAAUAUGUUCCAUAGCUGGGCCUCUCGUGGCUGAUCAUGAUCAAUGCCAUGACGAAGGAAAGUGUUCGUCAGAGUCUUGUUCAGGAGGAGACUUUAGUCCUGUAAAUCCUUUCAGCACGCUGGGUAAAAAGCUGGAUGAGUUGAUUGAUUUGAUGAAAGCACAAGAUCUCCAUUGCAAUGGAGGUCAAGGACUUAAGUCUACGCCCAAAUCGUGCAAGGAAAUCGUGGACACUGGAAGGUCCGAUGGAGACAGGACAUACAAGCUGGAUGUUGGAGGCAAAGAGAUUCCCGUUUACUGCCAGGUGACUCCGCUUGAAGGCUGCGGAGCAGGUGGUUGGACGAUGGUUAUGAAAAUGGACGGACAAAAGAAACACUUCACUUAUGAUUCUGCCCUGUGGACCGACCUCAUAACAUUCAACACCCAUGGUGGGGAAACUGGGUUUGACGCACAUGAAACAAAGUUAUCGACUUACUGGAAAACACCUUUUUCAAAGAUCUGUGUUGGUAUGAAGGUCGGAAAUAAACUCAAUUUCCAAGUCAUCGACCAACAGGCAACCUCUCUUCAUUCACUGAUCGCUGAUGGCAAAUAUCGUGCCACCUCAUUGGGACGUGACAAGUGGAAGAAUCUUAUUGGCUCCGACGCCUCCUUACAACGCAAUUGUAACAGGGAAGGGUUCAAUGCUCAGGGCGACAGAGAUAGUAAUUCAAAGGCAAGAAUUGGUAUUACUAGUAACAACGAGAACGAUUGCCUCACCAAUGACUCCAGGAUUGGAUUUGGUACCGCAGGAUAUCCUGACAACAACCAGUCCUGUGGGAAUGUAGCGCGACACGGUGGUGACAAUGGAGACAAGACCAUUCCUGCCAUGGGGUACAUCCUGGUUCAGUAAGAUCUGCGAGAAAAUGAUCGGAUUUUUUUAAUUUUAGUACAGAUUUAGGCGAGAUCGCGAUUGACGAGUUCAAUUUUGAAUUAUUCAUAAUUGUUGUUAGCGUCAAGUUAUUACUGAAUAAAAAUAAAGAUCUUAAAGGAAACAAAGUAAA